UCAUCAAAGACAAACUGAACAGAUGGAAACAGAAGGUGAUGGAGAGGACUGUGGAGGACCAGAACCAGACAGGAACUCGGAUCCAGAUAGACAUCCAGAAACAAAUACUUAUGAGAAGACUGGAGACUCUUCUGAACCUGUGGACAGUGAUGACCUGACCGAGACCAAAGAACUUCAUUCAUUUAGCUGCGCUGAGUGUGGUAAAAGAUUUAACUUAAAGAGGGGUCUGAAGAGGCACAUGAGAAGCCACUCAGGAGAGAAACCAUUCAGCUGUUCUGAAUGUGGGACAAGAUUUAGAACCAAGACUUGUCUGAAGAGACACACACAAAUUCAUACAGGAGAGAAACCUUUUAACUGCUCAGUUUGUGAUAAAAGAUUUUCUAAUUCCACACAUCAGAAGAGACACAUGGUAACUCAUACAGGAGAGAAACCGUUCAGAUGUUCAGUUUGUGAGAAAUCUUUUACUCAGAAUAGUGAUUUACAGAUACACAUAAGAAUCCACACUGGAGAGAAACCAUUCAGCUGUUCAGUUUGUGAGAAAAGAUUUUUCAGAAACGCAUAUCUGAAGACACAUAUGGUAACUCACACAGAAGAGAAACCUUUCAGAUGCUCAGUUUGUGAAAAAUCUUUUACACUAAAUGGAGAUUUACAGAAACACAUGAAAAUCCACACUGGAGAGAAACCAUUCAGCUGCUCAGUUUGUGAGAAAUCGUUUUCACAGAGUGGACAUUUACAGCUACACAUGAGAAUCCACACCGGAGAGAAACCAUUCAGCUGCUUAGUUUGUGAUAAAAGAUUUUUGAGAAACACGCAUCUGAAGUCACACAUGAGAACUCACACAGGAGACAAACUUUUGACUUUGCACUGAAAUAUUUGGAACCAAGACACAUCUGAAGAGAUGUAUGAGAAUGCAUACAUGAGAGAAACCAUUCAAUUGUUCAGUGUGUGGCAGAAGAUUUAGACAGAAGGUACAACUAACACAAAGUUGCUCCCGUAGCUGUUCCUACGGUGUGAUUUCUGAAUUGUAAGUCACUUUGGAUAAAAGCGUCUGCUAAAUGACUGUAAUGUAGUGUAGUGUAGUGUGAGAAUCCACACAGGAGAAAAUAACCUUUCAGUGUGUCAUAAAUGAUUCGGCCAUGAGUCUGUUUGGCGGUUUUGCAUUUUCACAGUAAAACCCAAUCAGGAGAGAAACUGUUUAGUUUGUUCUGAAGGAUUGUCGCGUAAGAAAACAGGAGUCCAACACACAGAGGAGAAACCAUUCAGCUGCAGCUGAUGAACAAGAGGAGCAGCCAGAUACACAUUUACAACUAGACACUGUGGACAAGACUGAAGGUUCUAACAGGGUUCCCAUGGUCAUGGUAAAAUAUAGUCAUUGAAAGUCCUGGUAAACUCAAGGAAUGAGUGGUUGUGUUUAAAACAUAUUCAAUUGUGGCGGUGAAUUUAUUCUGCAGCCGUUGACGUAUCGUAGCUCUAACGUGCGUCACGUGUUUGAACUAUAACGUACGUUUCUUCAUUUCCUCCCCGCGUUCCGUCUCCAACACAAACCGUUAUUUGAGUGUUUGCAUUUUCAUAGUUUAUCAACAAAUUGCAACAGCGGAUAAUGUUUCUUUAUUGUUGCAGGCGGACACAUUCAUGUAUGAGCGUGCGCAGUAUAUGAAUAUAGCUUGUUUUCUGGUAAUUCAAAAAAUAAAUUGCCUAUAUGAUACAAAGUUUUUUUUACUGUGAAUGAAAAGUGCUGCAUGUUUUCACAUUCAACGAAGAACUUUAAUAUGUGUUUUUCUCAAUUUAGAUGAUGUAGGGACGGAGAGAAGAGCAAGGAAUGAAGGAAGCGAGGGAAGGAAAGAAAAACGUUUUUAAUAUUCUCAGUUUCAGUGAAAUCUUCACUCUGGUUGGUCGACGUGACACAAACGAGACUCUGAAAAAAAUAUAAUGAACUUUCUGUGUUUUGGCAGAAGGUAGUUAUCCAUCAGCAGCUUUUCUGUUUAAACUUGUGGAUCAGGAACCGGACUGAGAACUGGUACCGGUUCAUGCUGUGGACUGUUAGAUGAGGACAGAAAGGCUCUGCUCCCCGAGGCUCCUCCAGGAAACAGUGAAAUGAAGGUACGUUUAUGGUAAACUUGGAAAACAAACAGUCGGUUUGGUUCAUACCCGAGUUUACAAGUUACAGCAGGAAAACCAUGAGCACAAGGAUCUGUUUGUUCUAGUUCAAGUGUCAAAGAAACUACAUCUUCCUGCUGAGGAAACAGCAUUCAGCCCUCUGGCAACUUUGGUACUUUGUAUAUUUUCGAUAUAAAAUAAUGAACAUUUGGAACACUAAUAAACUCUAUGAACGCUGAACGGUCACAACAGGCUACAAAACAGAAAAGCUUCAAUUAUGAUUUGAAACUAAAAAUACUAAAUACAAGUGUUGUUUCCUAGUCACGGUGACCGACACAUCUGGGUGAUGCCGUCCAGUGUGUGUUCGCAACUUCGACCGUAUUAAAGAAGUGGAGGGAGUCACCGUGACGUCACACGUUGGUUUGUGGACUGCAGUUUUGAAGCCUUGAGUUCAGCAUUUUGUUCGUCGCCAUCUUGAUACUUGACCAUCACCAUCUUGUCUUUUUGACAGAGGGCGGAGCUAAGUACAACUGAACGCUGAAAAAUAUUUUUUUACGACCAAAAUGGCGCCGUCUUGAUAUUUGGACAUCAUCUUGAUAUUUGGACAUUGCCAUCUUGUUUUCUGUCUGUCUCCAUCUUCAUUUUUGCUCGUCACCAUCUUGUCUUUUUGCAACCACAAUUGACAUGCCCAAAAUGUUACAAUUAACUUUGAAGUGAAAACGCAGUGAAAGGAUUAAGUUGUGAGACAAAAAACACGGGCAACUCCCAAACCAGACAACGCUCUGGUAGAGACCUGUCAAUCACCGUGUAGCCCCGCCCUAAAGC